CUUCCUGAGUGUUCUCUCACUUCCUCAAGAGUCUCUCUUCUGCAGACAGCAGAGUCUCACUAAUACAUCUUGAAGGGUCUUUGAACAUCUUGUCUCAACAGCAUCCUAUAAAUCCAGGACGUGUUGCUGGAGACGCAGCAGGGAAGGGAGGCCCGGGAGAGAGAGCUGGACUGAGACCCUGCAGUACAAUGAGAGGUUUUCUACUGGGACCCUGUCCUUUGCGUGCAUGUGCGCGCGCGCAUGCGCGUGCGCGCGGAGACUCCGCUGAUGAUCCGACUCACUUUGUGACAGAUGUUGUCUCCUCUGCACGCUGGCCAGAUGUGUGCUGUUUAAGCCAGAAUCAAAUCCGCGAUGAUAUGACGUCAUGUAGUUAGAAGUCCGAGCGGAAAUGUGAGACGCGCAGAAGGCGGAACGAUGACCCGAACAUGGAGCUUCUUCCCGGCGGUGGCUCUGCUGGCUCUGCGGCUCUGCGCCGGCAUGAAGUCCUGCUCCAUCUGGUUGAGCUCCAAACCGGUGGUGCAGAUAGGCUCCAGUUUCCAGGUGUACUGCACCUUUAAGUGCAGGUGCACGGGCGCCAUGUACAGCGACCAUCCGCGCAAACUGCAGAGGCACCAAGAGUUCAAUUCCACAACAGUAUUUGUGAAUGUGACGAACAUAACCAAGAACAUAACAUACAGCUGUGAUUGUAAAUGUGCUCCUGAGCUGGACCCCUGUGGACUGGACAUCUCAGCUGGGUAUCUUCCAGAGCUCCCCCAAAACCUUUCCUGCAUCUACGAGGUCAAAGGAAACCAGAGUGUGGUCGUGUUCUGCACCUGGAGCCCGGGACGGGACACUUUUCUGUGGAGCCAUUCUGUGCUGUGGGUGACUAAGAACCACAUCGAUGGACCGACGGGCUGCAAUGGUUCUUCUAAGGAAGCUGGUUUGUCAUCAGCUGGUUUGUCAUCAGCUGGUUUCACUGCGUCCAGUUCUGAUGCUGAGUGCAUCUCUGUGCAGGUAGAAGCCCGAAAUAUACUGGGCUCUGUCGAGACCCCCACCUACCAACUCUGGGACAUCGCUUCACCAUCGUCUCCAGUUCUCGGUUCCCCCAGGUGCUCAUCCCGACGCUGCAUCAUCGGGAUGAAUCAGUCUGUUUGGACUCAACACGUGGAGAUCCAGUUCACAGCGGAACCACAUAUCUGGACUUCUUCCCCAGACCAGGUGGUGCAGACAGACCCUGUGCAGACGGGUCCUGUGCAGUACUGGUCCGUCUCCUCUCUAGAGCCCUUCACCUUCUACCAGUUCCGAGCCAGGUCCAGACUCCGCCUAUGGAGCCGGUGGAGCGCUAACGUCUCCGGCAGGACUCAGGAGGAAGCUCCUGCCAAAGAGUUGGAUGUUUGGGUCCCUGAAGCCGCUUCAGACUUUAAGUCCCUGAGAGUUUACUGGAAGCCGCUGAGCGUUUCCUCGGCUCGAGGGAGAAUCCUCGGUUACACACUCCGUGUGUCUGAAUCCAACUUCAUCUACAACGUUAGUGCAGACGUAUCAAACCGUACGGUGACCUUCUGUGAGGACUGUGAAGUGACAGUGUGGGCCAUCAACUCCAAAGGAAAGUCUCCCCCAGCCACCAUUACUACUCCUCACAGGAAAGUGAAGCCUCAGGAGGUGCUGCCCCCUCAGGAUGUUCAUGUAACAGGCGCAGGUGACCACAGCGUCUGCAUCUCCUGGAGGAGGCCUGACUCCUCCCCUCUCCUUGCAGCCUACGUGGUGGAGUGGUACCGAGAGGGCAACAAGAUGGAGGAUCUCCAAUGGGUCCGACUAGGCAGAGAUGACAACCACACCGUAGUUACAGGUCUGAAGCCCUUUGAGUGCUAUGAAGGAGCCGUGCAUGUUGUCUACAAUCAGAGCUCAGUGGGCAGCAGCAGGUUCCUAGGUGUCUCCACUGGGUCCUCAGCUCCGUCAGCAGCUCCGUCGGUGCAGGAGACGGUGGAGGGGAACCAGGUGACGGUAACCUGGACGGAGCUCCCCAGGGGUGAGCGGAGGGGCUGUCUCACCAUCUACACCAUCUACCUAGAGAUGAGCAGCAGUCAACUACCGCCUGUCUCUGUUCCAGCUGCUCAGAGGAAGUACAUCAUCAGGAACCUGUCUCCAGCCAGGUACAGUCUCUGGAUGACCGCCUCCACUGCGGGAGGAGAGGGCCGCGCAGGUCAAAAGGUCAACUUCUCCAUCCAGCACGAGACCCGACUCUUCCCUUUGGUCCUGUGUGCUGUCGUCGGCCCGGUCCUGAUGGUUCUGGUGUGUCUGUACCACAGCUCGGCAGUGAAGCAGAGGUUCCGGGUUUUCUUUCAGUGCCUCGUGCUUGAUGUGGUUCCGGAUCCUGCAAACAGCAAAUGGGCCAAGGACAGUCUGCAGGGAAAGGGGAAAAUGAACCUCCAGCUGCAGCUCAGUAACUCCAGUGGCACCGAGGAGGAAGAGGAGCCCGACCUGGUGGACGUGGAGGAGCUGCUCCUUCCUCCUCCACCGAGCUGCACUGAGACGGAGCUUCUGCAUCCUCAGACCAACUACAUCAAGAGCUUCUCCCACGACUCAGACAGUUCCGCCCACACGCAGACGUCCUUGGACUCCACCGUGGACUACAUCUCAUCCCACGGACCAGGACACAUGGAGGAGGAGGUGGAGGAGGAGGAGGAGGACCAGGAGCCGUUUGGUUUCUUCCCCAGUCACAACCUGCUCACGGAGCCCAUGGAGUUUGGAGGGAAGUUGACUUUGAAUGCUGUCAGAAUAGACUGUAGUGACUUCCUCCUCUCAGAAGCGUAGAUGUGGAGCUGACAGUUGAACUCUGGUGAGAUGAGGUCUGAAGACAUCUUCAGAGGAAGAACAGGAUAAAGAAACUAGACACAAUGACUUUUACCUCAAGACACAAUAAUACUACAACACAGUUCAGGCUGCAUGAGGAACAUGUUGGGAUUCUGCCUGCUUUUACUCAUUUAUACAUCCAUCAAUAAUCUAAAUCUUGUAAUCACUGUAAAUGGUUGAACGACAAUAAAAAAACACUUGACUCUA